UAUAGGUGGCGAAUGUUGGUCUUUUACAGCGUCGUGUUCUUCGGACUGUGAUUGGCCAGCGCGGUUGAUCGGGGCAACCAGGCGGCACUUUUCGUUUUGCCACAUCCUUGUCGCAUCGAUGCCGCCGUCCAAGCAACACUCGAUGACGGCGUCGCCCGCCGACCGCGUCCACACCACGCAAGACUGGGUCCAGUGCGCCCAUGACGACCUGAAGCAAGUCAACGUCCACACCAGCGCGCUCCGGAUGGCGUACCGAGACAGUGACCCGUUCACCGUGUACACAUUGAUUGUGUCGUGCGCGUCGACGAAAGCGUGGUGGGUCAUCCGCAAACGGUACUCGCAUUUCUACGCGCUCCGGCAAACCCUUGUCGAGAAGAUGCGAACUAUGUCGAAGACCAAGUCGAUCUACUACUCGGACCUGCAAUUGCUCCUCCAACCCAUCGUCAAAUUUCCAUUCCCGAAGAAGUGCCUCCGACUUGACACUGUCGCGAUCAUGACCCACCGCAAAAACGCGUUUACGACUAUCACAACCAUGCUCAUGCAACUUCGAUCGGCUAUGCUCGUGCUGGCUGUUCGCCAGGCAAACAACAAAGCACUUGUCGACGAGUUGAACGACUUGCGCUCCAAGUUGGACACGUUCCUAGGUGUUCCAGAUCGCCAAGUAGUCGAAGAAGCGCACCGCAUGUCUCUCCGCUCGUCCUCAUCGUCCGAACCCGAACACACACACGAACCAAACGACGAUGAGUGCCCUAUUUGCUUGUUCGCGUUGAAAGAGCCCUCCGAAAAUGGUAUUGAGGAGCGAGUCGUGCGAAUGGGCUGCAGCCACGCAUUCCACGAGAGCUGCGUUGUUCAAUGGCUCGAACGCAAGCCAUCCUGUCCAAUGUGCCGUCAAUACGCAGUCGAUGGUGUUAUUUUCUAAGUCCCAAGAGCUAAUUUAAUCCGAUACUUGUAUUAACGAU